AUGCCGGAGGAAGGAGGAGAGGAGGAAGAGGAGGAGGAGGAGGAUCCAGAGCCAGUGUACGUGAGCUCCUCCUCGACCAUCCUGCUGGGGCAGAGCGAGCCCAACACCUACGACGCCGCCUACUCGCCCGGCUACUACAACGCCUCCCUCCUCUCCACGGCCAGCACCUCCAGCAGCCUCUACUACGAGAGCGCCAAGAUCAGGAGCAUCUUCUACGAGGGCGACGAGAACGAGGCCCAGGAGAUCAGCCUCUACGUGGAAGGUGGAGAUUCUGAGGAUGAGGAUAACGCAACAGGUCAUUAUGAAGCCAUAUACGAGGUCAUUAACCCUGCAGAGGACGAACACCUCCAGCGGAGUGAUGACCAGGACUUCGACGACUCCUUUGAUUCAGAUGAUUCGGACGAGGCCUACUCUCGUUUGAGGCCUCAGUUCCUUGAUGAUGGAUCUCAGACCUCAAGGGACCAUCCUGAAUCACUGAGCUCAGAAGUCUCAGCAUCAGACAAACUUCAGCCACAGAACGGCCAGCAACAGCAGCAGCAACAGUAUGGAAUUACCAAGAUUGCUGAAGCAGCCAACCUAGGCAUGCGGAGACUGAGGCGGAACUGGUCACUAACGAAGAAUGAAGUCAGAACAGGCUUGAAUCGUAUUAAAAAGAAGAGCACUUUCAGCGCCUCCGACAUCAAAAGUACAGAAAAUCUAGCAUGUGAUAUGAGCCCCACUAGUGCAGAUAAUAAGAGAAAGUGGUCCUUCAAGAGCCACUUCAGACGAAAAUCCUCAGCAGGGUCGGUGACUUCAGUCACACGAGCAGGACCCCCGGCAUCCAAGAAGGAAUCGGCCACAUUCUACCUUACCCUCACAAUAGAAACAGAAAGACAGGAUGCAGGGGAGAUGUCUGAUGCUUCCCAGCGCACCAUCCGCUCAGAUUCGGAAAGUGUGCUCUCUAAUGCUAGUAUGAAAGAAUAUAGGAAGUCUAGUACUCCUUCAAUAGCAUCUGUCACAACGCAGAGUUCUUGUGAUACCAGUAUGCAAACGAGACAACGACCGGUUUCUAGUAUCUAUAGUAAGAAGGGAUCGACAGGUUCUUGUAGUGGUGGACCAGUAAGACCACGCACAGCACCUCCAGCUCCACCUCCAAAAGAGAAACAUGUCGAUUCAAGAAACACAGAAACUGAACCUGAAGAACUUAGCAAAGCUAAUGUAGCAACCAAGCUGAAUCAGCUGCUGUCUUCAGGACCCACAGCUCCUCCAGGGCGAAGAGUUCUUCGAACAUCAGAAUGCUCAAGCAGUGACACUUCCCCAGUCCCUGUUCUGAUUCAUCCAGAUGACAGUGGAUAUGCUGGAUUGAGGCCAAACAGUGUGAAAUAUGCCACAAUUGACAUGAGUACUCUGGUGUCUAACAGUGGUGGCGACUCCAGCGGGGACGAAAGAGCCUUAGGAUUAGAGGUAGCAAACUCCAUUAUGCAAAAUGUGCCCCAGGCCCGAACGUCUGUUGUGAGUGCUGUUUCCCAUGGGUCAAGCGAGGGAUACAUUCGUCCUGCAGACAUUGCCUCAGCUCCCCCUCCUCUGCCUGCGAGACGAACCCCAGCCAAAUCUCAACUAAAUGCCAAGUCGUCCUCGUCCUCCUCCAGGAGAUCGCAUCCUGUGCUUCUUCACAUGCCCUCUAGUCUUGUGGAUGGGGAUAAUAAUAGCUACCUGGACUUCAGCUGUGAUGCAUUGAAUCAAGACGAGCCAUUGUAUGUGAGUUCACACUUUGCUGAUGAACCCCUCUACCAGUUUUACACUGCAACAGUGCUGGAGCGAGCAACACAGAAUCAAGGAGACUGCUCUUCAGAAGAUGAUUAUGAGGUAAUCAACGAUGGACAUCAUAAUUCCCCACCGGGAAAGCUACAAACUCGUCCUUCUGCAAUGGAGCUUGUGACUCCAGCUGAUGGACGACGUACCCUGUGGUGUGAGCUGCCUGAAGUCAUAGAGAGUGGUAUUUUAAGUCAAAUCAACAGUCAGCAGAAAAAGAUGCAGGAGGCCAUGUUCGAGAUGAUUACCUCCGAGGCCUCCUAUUUGAAGAGUCUCAACGUCUUGGUCACGCAUUUCGUACAGUGCCCAGAGUUCGCUGUUGACGAAGGGGAAGAUGCGGUGCUUACCAGAAGGGAGAGACACAUUCUCUUUUCUGAUAUUUUACCAGUGAAGAGAUGUUCUGAAAUGCUCCUUGCUGACUUGGAGAAACGAUGGCAGGAGUCCGUCAGAAUCUCAAAACUUUCCGACAUAAUACUGAAACAUGCUCAUAACCACUCACAAGCCUAUGUCAAAUACUGUUCUAAUCAAAUCUACCAAGAUAGAAUUCUAAAAGAACUGAAAGAAAAUAAUCCGAGGUUCUUAGAGGUGCUGAAUCGCUUAGAGAGUUCUCCAGUGUGCCAAUCCCUUGCCAUGCACUCCUUCCUCAUGCUCCCCAUGCAGAGGAUCACAAGAUUGCCCUUGCUCGUGGAUGCCAUAUUUCAUAGGCUGGAAUACGGCACUCCAGAAUGGAACGAGUGUAAACUAGCCUUAGCUACUCUAACAAAGAUUGUAGCAGAAUGCAAUGAGGGAGCCAGGAAGAUGGAGCGUAUGGAAGAAAUGCUCAUCAUUUCCCGUCAGUUGGACUUCCGAGAGGUGAAAGCCAUUCCCCUCAUCUCGGCAUCCCGUUGGCUUGUGAAGAAAGGGGAAAUGACGAGACUCACCUGGAGGGAGAACGACGUCAAACUCACCUUUGGCAGGAGAAUAUCCAAACACACCUUGUAUUUCUUCCUUUUCACAGACCUGCUAGUAGUUACAAAGAAAAAGAGUGAUGACCAGUACAUGGUGCUGGACUACUGCUCGAGGAACAUGGUACAAGUUUUGGAACUAGACGCUGCAGACAAGUUCCCAGGACGCAUUUUGGACGGCCACAAGAACCUUCUUAUCCUGACCAUGUUGCAGAACCAUGAGAACAAGACUGUUGAAAUGGUUGUAUCCUGUCCUAUGGAGUCUGAUAGAACGCGCUGGGUGGAAGCAGUGACGCCUAGGAGCUCGGACAAUCCUGACGAGAGGAUAUACGAGGAGUGGGACUGCCCUCAGGUGCAAGCAAUUCACCCAUAUGUUGCCAAACAACCAGAUGAACUUUCUCUCGAAGUAUCUGAUGUUGUUAAUGUUCUAAAGAAGAUGGCAGAUGGCUGGUAUCAGGGAGAGAGAAUCCGAGACCAGGAGCGAGGAUGGUUCCCCGGGAGCUUCACCGUGGAGAUCUCGUCGACCCACGUCAGGGCUCGCAACCUCCGCCAGCGCUACCGCCUCCUGGCCAUCUCCGGCUCUCUUCUGGAUGAGCUGAAAAGGGAGAAGGAACGCUACGAGAAGGAGGAGAAGAAGAAGGACCGCAGAAGAACGCUUACUAUGAAGGAGGUGAUAUCGUCUCAGGCACUCAGUUAGGAGAAAGGAUAGAAGUGGACAGUAUUUCACAUCCUUCCAAGUGGUAACCUUUUUUUUAUGUGCGUGUUAUGUUGAGUAUGUUGCAAACUGAAAAGAAAAAAAAGGAAAGCACAUUCAGAAGACACUGAUGUACUUAUGGAUUUUCAGUGAAAGAAGCAAUAAACUUUUGUCAUAUAAAUGCUGGCUUUAUGAUUACAAUAGUGCAGAAACAUGUACAGAAACUCCUUUUUGUUAAGCUUUUCCAUUAUCACAUUCUCCAGUGGUGGCAACAAGACAGAAUUGCGAUGGAGUAACGCCUGUGAGCAUUAGUAGUCAGUGAUGGGAAAUACCUUUGUGGAGAAGCUUAGGUAACUGAGAAAUGAAAUUUGUUUUCCUUAUAUGAUGCCUCCAACAGUAUGGAUUUGAUUUUUUGAUCUUCAAUUUGUGUAAUGGUGAAAGGGGGUCAGUAUUACACACAAAUACAGCAUAUUAUAAACAGACCCACACAAACAUGUAUACAUACAUACAGUAUAUAUAUACAUAUAUACUCGCAUAUGAAUGUGUGUAAGCAUAUAUUGUUGUGAUCUCUCUCUUGUUACAACUUUUAGAAGUCUAUUGAGUUUAGGUGCCAGGACUAACAAGGAUUUUCAGUUUCAGCGGGAUGAAAGGAGCAAUUGUGAUGUAAAGUGUAUGCAGUGAUUGUUACUCAACUAACAUAGUAGUUUGUUAUCCCAACAUUGGAAUGUGUAAUAAAUAUUGUGUAUGGAACCAUAAUCAAAGGUAAAUUCAGAUAUUUAUAAUUACAGUGUUUGAAAUACUUAACCAAAUAUAAAGGGCAAUCGUUUUUUUUUUCUUUGUUAUAUAGUUCUUAAAAAAAGGUAUUUAAGAUUUCUUUUGUAUUUGAGGUACAGCAAUGUGAAUAAGAUUAUUGAAUAUAUUGUUCAUUUAGAUCCAGUAUUUGAACCUGUAUAUAAGAAUCUGGUAACAUUCCAGAUGUAAGUUUAUUGUGUAUAUAAUGAGAAUUUGAUAAAAUACAAUUUUAAAGAUUA